AACGAUUAAUUAUAGAGGGAGCUACCAAAACGGCAGCUUUGAGUACUUCUGCAGGUGUUUUUUCUACUCUCAGUCCAGACAGAUAACACAAGUAUCAUCUGAGCUAAAUGUAAUCAUGAAACUUGGAAAUGAGUGCUUGCAAUCAGCCUAAAAAGAGCUUGAAGAUGGUUUUGGUUCAUCAAUGGAUCAAAACCACUUUGAUUUCAAAGCUUUUAGUAUUUCUUACAAAGUGGUUCAAGAUUUAAUGGGGCUUUCAAGGUUGAUUGCCAGUGGUUGAUUCUCCUUCUGUCACUCUUCUCUGCCUUUGUACAGUGACAGAGGAAAAUCAUAAAAUUAAAAAAAAAGAUUUAAUUAUGCAGGGGAGACCAUAUUUUACCAAAGACAUCUUUUGUUUUUGCUUAUAAAUACAUUUUGAUUUAAAAAUCUGCCUAGAAAAUUGUUACACUUGAUUUGCCUCAUUAAUCUGAGUUUGGUCACAUGGUUUGCAUCAGACUUCUGCAUAUGUAGCCAUUAACUUUCACUUCUGCUUAAAUAGAACCUGUUGUUUGUCACUGCACAGACUAAGACAUGCUCUUUUCGAACUGUACCGUCACUGUUUGGAUUGCUAUAUGAAGCUUUUGCAGCAAAUUUUAAACUAAAUUUACAACCCUUAUGGUAAGUAGCACAUCUUUUAUUUUCUGUACUUUGAAAAUAUUUAUUUUUUUUAGACAGGAAUGUAAGAAAUGGCUUCCUCUAUGACAAUAGAAAUACAGCAAAGUUUUAACUUUUCUUAAAAUUUUUAAUGUAUUUUUGUUUAUGCUGAUAUUUACAAUUUAAACCGUAUGCUUGAAUUAUGUAAAAAAGCCAUUGGCAGUACAUUCAUUUGUAUUUGGUCUCCUUUAUUUUAGGCAUUGGUGACAACUUCUUUCAUCCUUUUCCACCUUUUUACUUUUGGAAACACAAUAAAUACCAAAUUUUUACCAUGUGAUGCUAACAUGAAUUCUACCUCCGUGGACUGCUCCUUCAGACCUCUCAAGAUUACACCUUUGUUUCAAGCUUCCUCUGUUUUGGAAAUCAAUUUGAGCUACACCAAGAUCAGUUACGUGGGGCGUCAUGCAUUUGCUGGUGUUCCAAACCUUAGCACUUUAAAACUAAUGGGUAAUUGUCCCCCUGAAAGACUGAGAGCGUUGGAGAGCAAAAAAUGCAGAGUCGAGAUUCACCGAGACGCUUUCAAAAGCCUUAAAAAUCUCACGUCUCUUUAUCUGUCAGACAACAGCAUGAGCUCCAUUCCUUUGUUACCUGCAACUCUCCAGUUUCUCGAUCUUCAGCUCAAUUGCAUUGUUAACAUUAUCCACCCUUUAAACACUCCAAAUCUUCAAACACUCCUACUUACCAAGAACUGUUUUUAUGCAAACCCCUGCAACCAGUCCUUUUACAUUAGUGAGAAAGUUUUCAAAGAACUCCCUAAUUUGAAAAGUCUGUCAUUGGGGUACAAUAAUUUGACAUCUGUCCCCAAAGGACUACCACCGUCUCUGACAAGUUUGGAUCUGAGAGAGAACACGAUCACGGAAGUCUUAAAAGGAGCUUUUUCCCAUUUGACUUACCUCAAAACUUUGAUUUUGGAGUGGAACUGUCAACGCUGUGAUCAUGCUGCACGGCCCUGUUUCCCCUGUCCAAACAACCUCCCUCUUCAUCUGCAUCCAGAGGCAUUUUAUUCCGAGAACAGCUCCAUUUCCUUUUUAAGCUUGAGGGGAAAUUCUCUAAAAACAAUUCCUCCUGGCCUUUUCAAGCAUUUGAAAAGAUUAAAAGGACUGGAUCUUUCUGACAACCUUUUAGCAUAUGAAAUCCGAAAUGGGACUUUCUUUAGAGAGCUCACAGGUCUCACUUGGAUUAGCCUGAUCUAUAACUACGAACCACUAAAGACGUUUUCAGAACUGAUCCUGUCCCCUCACAUUAGCAAGAUAUCUGGUCUUCAUAGUCUCCUGCUGAGCGGCAACUUUUUCCUCAGACUUUCAAAAGACAGUUUCAAAGUUCUAUCUAAACUACAGAAUCUGUCAAAACUGGAACUGAGAAUGAACUUCAUUAGUGCAUGUAACCUGACCUCCCUGAGCCAGCUGCCAUCUCUCACAGAAGUGGACCUCUCCCAAAACAUGCUCAAUUUCCUCCCAUGCUAUUCAGAGUCCUCAUCUGGGACUCUCCUGACAACACAGGAGAGCUGUCAAAACCCAAACUUGUACACAGAUUAUGUUCACGACCAACUUCCCAUUGUGGUGGAUCGAGAAAAGACUUCAAGAGUGUGGAAACCCAACCAGCCACAUUUGCCCGAAAUGGAGGAAAAUAAUGAAUUUAAAAUGCAACAACCAUGGGAUUUCAAAAAAAAACUUUGCCAUCAAAAGCUAUCGUUUGAUCUGUCCCAGAAUGACCUUUUGUCACUAAACAAAAGGGUUUUUAUGGGACUGGAGAAUGUUGGUUGUCUAGAUCUUUCUUUUAAUUAUAUGAGCCAGACAUUGAGAGGUGGGAUGUUUGAUGGCAUGAAAAAGUUGGUGUUUCUUAACAUGUCCUUUAAUAGACUUGAUCUUUAUGAUGCUCAUGCUUUCAGUGAACUCAAGUCCACUCUGAAGCUAUUAGAUGUUAGCAACAAUGACUUUCAUUUCAAAAUGAGGGGCAUGGGCCAUCGUUUCUGGUUUCUUAAAAACCUAACAAACUUGGAAGUGCUGAGUCUGGCAAACAAUGGUAUUGGGAUGCGAAUAGAUCAAAGGCUGCUCAGCAACUCUUUGAAGUACCUGUACUUUAGUGGAAACCAUCUUGACAUCAUGUGGGGCUCUGAAAACAAGUAUACCCAUUUUUUUCAAAACCUGACAAAGCUCACUUACUUGGACAUAUCAAACAAUGGUCUGAAGUCAGUCUCACCACAAGAACUGAUCAACCUUCCAAUAAGCAUCAAGGGGCUCAGCAUCAGCAACAAUUUACUUAAAUAUUUUCCCUGGCAAAACAUCUCAACACUUAGCAAUUUAUGCCACUUAUACCUGAAUAGAAACUUUCUGACCUAUUUGCCACCAAAUGGAACACAUUUUGGACCUCAUUUUUCCCUUCUGGACCUCAGUCACAAUCGUUUUACUUUUAUUCCUGAGGAUUUCUUCAGCAAGGCCACGUCCUUGAAGUAUCUAUAUCUCAAUCACAAUCAGAUCAAGGCGUUGAGCAGUCAGCAUCUUCCUGCCCUCUUCAAAAAUGGGAGCUCUCUUGAUGAACUCGCCCUCCACGAUAACCCCUUCAAAUGUGAUUGUGACACAUCUUGGCUUGCAGAUUUCUUGCGCACCACCUCCAUUCAGAUUCCCCAUCUGACCACUCAUGUACGCUGUGAAUUCCCAGAGUCCCAGCAGGGAAAGCAUCUACUGUCCAUGGACCAGCGCUCCUGUCAAGACAUUUAUGGCAGCUUGGCCUUCGUGGUCUGUUCAUUAUUCACUGUGAUGCUUACUGUUGUUCCUCUGCUGAAGCAUCUGUAUGGCUGGGAUGUGUGGUACUGCUUACAGGUGCUGUGGGCUGGACACAAAGGAUACUCUCAACUGCCUGGAAAAGAUUCCUGUCAUCACUAUGAUGCUUUUGUUGUGUUUGACACCAGGAAUGGGGCAGUAAGGGACUGGGUCUACAAUGAACUGACUGUUAAUCUGGAGAGAUCUGGAAACAGAAGAUUUUCCCUUUGUUUGGAGGAAAGAGAUUGGAUUCCUGGAAUUUCAUGUAUCGACAACCUACAUAUGGCUGUCAAGAACAGUGGGAAGACGGUUUUUGUGCUAGCCAGAGGUGCACAUGGAGCUGAGAUGAUAAAUGGUGUGAUGCAGCAGGCUUUCUUCAUGGUUCAACAAAGGCUUCUGGAUGAGAAGAUGGAUACAGCCGUGCUGGUUCUAUUGGAUGAGAUGUUUCCGAAACUCAAGUACCUUCAACUGCGAAAGAGACUGUGCAGAAAAUCUGUGCUGUCCUGGCCAAGAAAUCCCAAGGCUCAACCUCUUUUCUGGAAUCAAAUGAGGAUUGCACUGGCUUUAGAUAACCUGAAACUGUAUGAUAGGAACAUGAGUGAAAGCUUUAUGUAAUGUUAAAACUGAUUACAUCCAUGCUGCUAUUUUACUAUGUGUAUGUUUUUUUGUUUGUUUUUUUAAUUGUUCAUUGUCACUCUCUUUAGACUUUUUUUGUUGUACUGUCUGAAAUAUUCAUUAGUAGUGGUCUUGCAACAAGAAAACAGUUCUGACUCUUUAGUUCCAGUCUUUGUUAUAAUUAUUAUUUAUAAUUACCUAGUUUGCUACACAAGAGUAAAUAUUGCUUGUUUUUAAAUAAAUCACUGCUUUAUUCAAAAUGUUCAGUAUAUUUCAGUGAUUCUAACUUUCAGGAUGCGGAAGGAUUUCUGCAAGUUUUCCCUCUUUCUUUUGAGAUCAAAGAAGGUAUUAGUUUCAUGUCACUUACACGAUUUAGAAGCAAUGGAAACAAGAUGUAGACUAUUUAUGGAUAAAAAGGAGGAUGCAUAAGCUGAAAUAUAAGCAAAAGAACUUUCAAUUGCACAUUCAACUGACAAAAUCAUCCCUACCCUUCAUAUGAAAAUUUCACUUCUCUCUGGUUAGAUACUGCAAGGAAAUGAAACUGUUUCUUACAAGUUACGCAUCAAAAUUAAGUUGUUCAAUAAAAUUCUGAUUAAAUAAAGACUAAGUGAAAUUCUAAACUUGUAGAUUUUAUGUUAUUAGCUGAAGGCAACCGAAAAAUUUCAACCUGAAAAUAACAAAUAUUCAGCUAAAUUGUAGCCUGCAGCUGCAGUUUCAUGUAAACCUGUCUA